AAUCUUCUUUCUCUAUCUCCAAUGGAAUCACACACUACUGAACCAAGCAACCACGAGGCCGAGACAGAACCAACAGAGUUCGAGAAGAAUCAGAAACGGUACAAAGACCUAAUCGCUACCUUUCCUCACACGAAAGGCUGGAGACCGAAAGGUUCGUUGAUAGAGUACCAUGGUUUCUGGUUCGUACAGCCGCUCUUAGAAGGUUGCCUUCACGAGCAAGAGUUCUUCCAAGCAAGACCCAUUGACUUCCUCAUUUGUAGCUCCGCAAAGACAGGUACCACUUGGCUCAAGGCUCUAACUUUCGCCAUCGUCAAUCGAACUUGCUUCGACGAUUCCUCAAACCCUCUCCUAAAACGUAACCCUCACGAGCUUGUUCCUUUCAUUGAGAACGAAUUUGCUUUCUUCCCUCAAGUUGAUGUUAUCAAAGACAAAGGAAACACUCUGUUUUCGACUCAUAUCCCGCACGGGUUAUUACCAAAAUCUAUAGCGAACUCCGGUUGUAAGAUGGUUUACAUUUGGAGAGACCCAAAGGACACUUUCAUCUCCAUGUGGACUUUCUUCCAAAAGCAAAGGUCAGACAUUGGCCCUCUCAAUAGUCUUGAAGAGUCUUUUGAUAUGUUUUGUCGAGGUACUUCUGUGUACGGUCCUUAUCUAGAUCAUGUCAUGGGGUAUUGGAAAGCUUACCAAGAGAAUCCAAAUCAGAUAUUGUUCCUCAAGUACGAGACAAUGAGAGCUGAUCCUUUACCGUAUGUGAAGAGAUUGGCUCAUUUUAUGGGUUACGGAUUCACAGCUGAGGAAGAGAAGAAAGGUGUUGUUGAGAAAGUUGUGAAUCUUUGCAGUUUCGAGACGUUAAAGAAUCUUGAAGUGAACGAAGGAGAGAAAAUCAGAGAGGACAUUCCUUCGGUUCAUUGGCCGAAUAGCGCGUAUUUCAGGAAGGGAAUGGUUGGAGAUUGGCACAACUACCUGACUCCGGAGAUGGCAGCUCGAAUCGAUGGACUGAUGCAUGAGAAAUUUAAGGGCUCUGGUUUGCUUGAACAUGAUAUAGAUGACUGAUCAUUAUAUGCUUCUUUUUCUAAGUUUGAUUCUAUGUGUGUUAUGUUAUAUAUUGGCGAGAAUAAAUCUUGUAUCUGUUUUGUCUUAAUGUACUGUUUCUAUAAACAAAGGAAUUGGUU